UUGAUGGCGAUGGAGAAGGGAUGGCGGGAGGGAGGAAAGGAGGAGGAAAGCGAUGCUGUGUCUCGCGUAAAGAGAAAGCGACUCAUCUCUGUGCCACUGUAAAGUUUGCGGUCCUCAACAUCAGUUGGCCUUCAACGGUCUGAUGGCGCGUGCGCUGUUUGUUCUGCAGACUCUUCUCUGCUCUUAGUAUCCGUUGCUUUUAGACGACAAGCAAGGACUAUAGACACGGGAGAGAAAAAAAAAAAGAUAAAAGAAAAAGUGGAGGACUAAAAUGACAGAGACAAUCCUCAUCUAACCCAUCUCAGCUCCGAAGUGUGAUUUUUUUUCCAUUUUCUGGAUUUGUACAUUUUUCUCUCGCUCUGAGACAAGGCUUGCAGGAGGAACUGCACCUGGCGUCAAGACUCGUGUUGAGGACAUCUCCACAGGUGAUACCAGCCAGACCGGAAGUGCUCAUGAAGGACAAGACAGAGGAGGCAGGUAACUCUCCUCCACCAGUCAUGGCAGACGUCCGGAAGAGGAAGCGACCUGAUACAGAGCUGAUACAUGACUCAGAAGAACUUUUUCAAGACCUCAGUCAGAUGCAGGACACGUGGCUGGCAGAAGAGAGCACCUACAUGAAGCUCAAGGGACAGACCAAACCCGACACAUGCUGCUCGCCGCCAUCUUUGAACCAUCUUAGUCCAAAGCGACCCCUAGCGGCUGCUCCAGGAAAGUUUGACUACGCCGAAAAAUCGUUCGUCAGUAGUCCCUAUGAAGCCACUGCCAUCCCCUCACCCUCGGAUUCCUUGUGUUCUUCCGCAUCAGGGAAAGAGUCCGUGUCUUCCUUGGGUUACAAGGACGCGGUGACGCCAUCGUACGGCGGCCAGACGGCCGUGUACACCAUCCUGGAAAGCAGGUUUCCCAGGCCACACUCCGCACCCAGCAACAACGCCUUCUCCAGUCCGGGGCCGCACCCGCAUCACAUCACCUACCCAGCCCCACCACCACCGUCUUCACAACUGCCACUACCACAGCAGCAACCCUACCCGGCCAACCACGCCAUCACAGCCUCUUACAACACCAGCGGUAGCAGCAGCAGCAGCAGUAACAGCAGUCACAGUCACUCUCUGCAGUGCAAGCCACCCGAUGCGCAUGACCGGAACUUUAACAUGCUUCCGGUGGCCUCCAGGCAUGGCGGGUACUCAGCUCCGAUGGUUCCGGUGGGAGAAGACCAUUCAGUGAACGUGAAACAAGAACCGCACGAUAAAGGCUAUGAAAAUGGACAAUGUUGUGGCGUGCCGCACCCGUAUGACAAUCCCAUGCGGUACUUUUACCCUGACGACUCUGCGUAUUUAUCCCACCUCCGAGAGAAACACAAAGGCCUGGACAUCAAGCCCGACUUCUACAGGGAUUUCUACCUGGAGCGUUACCAUAGAGACGGCCCUCAUGCUACCUAUCAACGCAGGGGAUCCCUGCAGUUGUGGCAGUUCUUGGUGGCGCUGUUGGACGAUCCCUCCAACGCUUCCUUCAUCGCGUGGACAGGCCGUGGCCUCGAGUUCAAGCUGAUUGAACCCGAAGAGGUGGCACGUCGAUGGGGGAUGCAGAAGAACCGCCCGGCCAUGAAUUAUGACAAGCUGAGCCGCUCCCUGCGUUACUACUACGAGAAGGGAAUCAUGCAGAAGGUGGCAGGGGAACGCUACGUGUACAAGUUCGUCUGUGACCCGGAAGCGCUCUUCAGUAUGGCGAUGCCAGACUCCCACCGACCUUUCCUCAAGACGGACAUGGUGUCCGGGGGCGUGGGAGUAGCGGUCACCGCCAAGGACGAUCUGUACCUGAAGCAAGGGUCGGGUGCCGGCGGGGGCGGUUCGGUGAGCGUCGGGUCGGGUGGGGUGGCGGGGAUGGGCGGAGGCCAUCCGUUGGCGCAUCUGAGCCCUCACCAGCACGACCUGUUCAAGUCCAUGGCCAGCAACAACGCGCACCACCAUCACAGCCACCACCACAGCCACCACCACCACCAUCACCACCAGCACGAACUCUUCAAAUCGGCGGCCGCGGCGGCGGCGGCAGCAGCGGUAAACACACACCUGCAGCAUCAUCAGCACGAUCUCUUCAAGUCCCCAGCCGUGAACCCCGCUCACGCCCACCUGCCCCCACCGCCCACGCACCAGCAUGACCUCUACAAGGGCGGCAACCCACCCGCCAUGGCCGACCCCCAGCCUCUGCCGCUGACCACCACCGACAGCUCUGCGCAUGCGCGCGCACGCUCCUACAACGUGGCCAUGACGUCACAUCCGACAGGGGCCGCCCAUCUAACAUCUGACCAGCAUCGCCUGCAGUACAUGCAAGAGUUUCAGAGGAUGUACGGGGCAGGACCUUACAUGGAGGGCUGCGUCUACUGACGAACUUCACAUUUUCUAACGAACAUUUCACUUUUAACGAACUUCUUACACAUAAGAUCGCGUUGAUCGCGCAGUGUAUAUACAAUUUACGAGACUUUUCAGCCACUUUUCAGACUGGUAGAUGCUGGUCAUAUCCGGGCACUACAGACUGGUAGAAACUGGUUAAAUACGAGCUUAUGGACCUACAGAUACUUGGACAGUCCAGUCGUUACCGACUAAGAGUUGCUAGUCCAAUCUGGGCACUAGUCCAGCAGAUAACAACAAAAUCCUCAAACAAACAUUAAAACAGUCAACUGUACGAAGACGACGGAAGCCGUUUACUUCUAAAGUCUUUUUACAAUUCGUUGUUAAAGAGAGCCGAAUCCACAAAAGUUUUUGAGCAUCCCAACCAUCUACCUAAAAUGGAGGCGAUAGAUCUCAUAGAGUAGCGCAGUUCUCUCUCCAUGGGUGCCAUGACAACCUGCUUCACAUCGUGCUAGGUUUCUUUCAAAGAAGUGUCCAGGUUGCAGACUGUCCACACACAGCAACUGGAUAGUAUGUGACACUCUCUAACCGACACAGUUCACAUGCCCGACGUCCACAUCAACGUCGCCACCUACGCCAAAGGAACUGCUGACUUUUUCAGAUCACAUGCAGCUCCCAACCCCCAAAUCUUCUUCCCAGUUACUGGCCAGUGAGACUCCUUGGUGUGCCUGGCGACAUUUUUUUUUUUCUAUUUUGCCAGAGACAUAUAACGAAUCAUGUCUCUAUCACAAACACAAUAAAAACAUUUUUAGAGCGACUUCCUGCAGUCAAUACAGCAUGACACUGAGUUUGGAUACACUGAAAAUGGGAAACGGGAGGGAGAGAGAGAGAGAAACUGGAGUGGUCACGCUACUUUUUUUAAAAAGUUUUUUUAGUAGUACCCGGAUCAAACUUUGUCGCAACAAUGAACAUCGUGUCACCACUGCUGUCCCCUUACGACUACUUCCAUGUUAUAUUUGUAAUGUUCAGGAAAUAUUGAUAUCUGGUUGCUCUAGUCACACUUGUUUAUGUCAGAGGACCUUUCUUUGUAAAGAACUUAACUCUUGAAUUAAGGGCGCACAACAUUAACUAUGCAGCCUAUGGUCUAGCCAAGCAGUCUGCUAGCAUAUUUACUAAAUGAUAAAGAUUUUACUUGACAUCGAGUGCUUAUCUAUCACCGAUGUGUUUUUAGUUUAUCAGGUAACAAGAUGGAGGGAAUAUCGCUUAUUAAGGUCGGGAAAGGCGUUCGUGUCAAACGUGCGGCUACCUUUCUGCCCCUCGUUCACAGAAUAGAGGUUGUGUGGGGGAUGAGGAGGGGAAGGGGUCAGGGGAACAGGGGGAUGAGGAGGGGAAGGGGUCAGGGGAACAGGGGACCAGGGGAAUUAUUUUAGACUAAUCCAGCAGUUAAAGCUAUCGCACCGCCAAGUAGACGGUCCACGUGUCCCAUGCAGAGAAAGAACAGCAUUCUUAGAUGUGAACCCAGGACAGCCGGCCCUUAGCCGCGAGGCCUCAAAGUAAAUCAUUUAAAUGACUAAAGUGCCAACGGGAUUAAUCUAUAACCAACAUAAUCAGCUCGACCUACCUUUAACUACAUUAAAGGGGAGAGACGAGGGUGGAUAGGAGAUGUGGAGUUCAUGUAGAACCUCUAACCAACUUCAGGUCUGGGUAAUGGUGUAGUCUAUGAGUUCAGCAACGCAUUGUAACCAAUGGAUACUACAGGCCCUUUGUGCCUCGAUCAGUUGCUAUGAAUCCAAAAGGGGUUACAUACGUUGCAGAAUCGCGGGACAAGAGGUACUUUUUUUGUUGUUUGUUUUUUUUUUUUUUUUUUUGUUUAAACUUCACCCGCCUGCAAGUGGAUUGCAGCUGUUCAAAGUCUGUUUUUCAAAGACAGUCGAGGUACUGUCUAAUUAAACUGCAUGGGCCGCAACUGUUAUCACUGUCCCGCGAAACGGAGACGCAUGUGCAGAUGCCAUCUUGUUUCUCACGAACAUGGGUUACUAUGGCAACCAGAUAAUAAGCUGCUUCGCGGAGCUUGUAUUAGAGAGAGAUUCGACACUUGGUAGGUUAGAGAACUAAACUGUGAAACAUAAUAACAAGCAUGAUUUUGUUGUCUUCGGACACGACUCGAGGUUUCUGUAUGACAUUUGAUAAUGGUGUAUUCAUUUUCAACUUUUGUCUAGGAGACAUGCAGCAUUAAAAGUAUAUAUAAUUAUAUAUAUACGAAUUGCAAAAUGUGGUUGCCAGUAAUGUGGUAAAAAUUCCAGGUAUAAUUCUGAGAUAGUUUUUACUUUGAAAGAAUUAACGAAUUCAUUCGUAUCUUUCAAACAGAAGGACUAUAAUACGAUGGAACUGUAACGUGGUCGACUGCUUGACUGCAGAAAGACGGAUGAGUCUCUUCCUGUCAUUUUGUGGAUUUGAACUUUGACCUGUUACCCUGAGCCAUGCUGCUUGAUCGGUAUAUCUUGAGCAAUAGGAAUGCACUGCAGGGGAGUGGCAGGCAACGGACGCACACGCGCGUGCAUGAAAAAAAGAGAAUGUGUGUGUUCACCCGCAUGAGUGAGCACGUGCAAUUAUUCCCCUUAAUGGUGCAGCGUACUAUAGCCUUGCUAUAUUUUGUACAGGAGAGGAAUUCUGAAUGGACUAAGGGGAUGAUUUAUAAAAGCCACUCCUCAGCCCUUUCUAAACCUUUCCAGAAAAUAACGGGAGAGGGGACAUGGAGCUUUUCGUUGUCAGUACGAUUUCAACUUGCACGACUGAACAUGUUGUGUGGGACUUGGUUCUGUAACGAAUGUACUUCAUGCUUUUGGCUAUUGUCAGUGAGCCAUACUGUUCAUUUUCUAGUAGCAUCCGACUCAACAAGACAUACAUCUUGUACACUGAAUGCUGGCUACUUAAAAAAAUCAUAUUACAUGACAACACUUCCAAGUAAAUGAUCUUGAAAGAUUGGACUUGAAGAAAAAAUAAAUGGGAACGAAAUAACAUAUUGAAAUUGACUUUACAGCUUUUUUAAAAAAAAGCAAAUUAAACUAUAUAUAGCACAUUUACAUCACUAAUACCACAACAAACUGGCGAAAAUUUCAACAUAUUUCUCUCCGAUGUGUCGCAGCCGUAGAGGACAUAAGGGAGGCAAACCUUGUUCUUGACAAUGAGGAAUACCGAUCGUUGCCAGAGUUGUGUUUCUUUAUUGCGCAGUUCAUCAGCUGAAAUGCUUAUCCGGACUAAUAAUGGAGCACGGCUACAAGAAUAAUUUUUAAGUCCCGUUAUUUAUCUGUGUUAUAAUUUCGGUGAUUACUUUGUUCAGCAGCAUGCCUUUGGCGAUGUUUAUUCAUUAUUUAUGAGAAAGACUGUAUAUUUUAACUGUACAUGAUCUUGUAAUUCUGUAUAUGUCAGUUAUCUUGCCUGAAUCACAUCUAGUCAUAUCAAUGCUAUCUGUACAAAGUAAAAACUUCCCAACUGCUAAGUGUUUAUAUGAUUUCUGUUGGAGCUCUAGGGUCAAAUGUAUAUUAUUAUUACUAUCAUUAUCAUUAUGGAAAUUGUAAUAAAUGAUUUCAAAUACUAGUGAAAUGGUUUCAAAUGUUCGUGGUGGUGACUUGAAUA